AUGAAAAGCGUGCUGUCAAAUUUCAAAAACAACCUAAAUGAAGCCCAACAUCGAAUACUACAGAAUACGUGUUUCUCCCACUUCCUGGAAUGCAAGGAAAUCUUUGUCCAAUCUCAGCAGAUACACUAUUUUUUGUUGAGGCAGGUGCAACAACCUAGUGAAGGUGAGCUAUGGUUUAACAUAGCCGGAAAAUUUGUAAGACUCUUGAUUUCAGAGUUUUAUUUGGUGACUGUGCUGAGAUACGUUGGCGAUGCUGAUACAAAUAGGAUGAAAAAGACCCCAACACGAUUGGAAAAUGUGUACUUUCCAACGUUGAAAAAUGUGACUCAUGAAAAUGGCAAGGAUGCGUUUCUUAGAUCGAUUGACAUUCUAGAUAAGGAUGUUUCCAUGCUGGCUACAUUGUAUUUCAUAACGUCAUAUCUAUAUCCGAGAGACUUCAAGAAGGCUGAGGAUCACUUCUUGUUCGUACUAGUUGAAAAUUUUAAUGCGAUGAAUGUGUUUCCAUGGGGUAAGUCGUUGUUUGACACGCUAGUAAGUUCAAUGAGGGAGGGGUUGAGUAAGAGAGCAACCCAUUAUAGACUCAGAGGCUUGCUCAUAACCUUUCAAGUGUGGAUUUACAAAACAAUUCUCAGUCUAGAUGGAUACACAGCUAGAAGGAUAUCCAAAGUAUACCUUCGGAUAAUGAACUGGGUAGCUGAUGAUCACCCUUCGGCUGCUAAGCUCGAGGGGCUUGAAUAG